UAUCAGUUCUUUAACGUUCUUACUACCGAGCGGAUCAGACCUCAUGCGUUUGGGGGUAACAAUAUAGGCAGAGUGGCGCUACCGUUUCAAACCAUCUAACGAACAAAGUGUUUUGAAUCUCAAUCUAAUUAUCGUAUUGGCGCAAACAAUAUGGUCCAUGCAGAUUCGGAUUGUUCUCGGCUUUUGGAGACUCGUACUACGGAAGAUAGCAUGAUGUAUCUAUCGAACUCACUUACCCUCUUAAUUGUGCUAAUUGUCUAAAUCAAACUUAUUUUCGGAAACCUACGCAUUUGGGACAACUCUUUCCUGAUCCAGAUUAGGUGCAAAACAAUCCAAAUAGAUUGUUUUUGAGGAAUAAAACUAUCUGAGGUUGUACACAUCUGUAGCUGAACCUAGAUUUAGCUACAAAUAUCUGAAUUAGUAGUACUUGUACUCGGUAGAAGUGUGACCUUUGGGGUGUCUACUGAUCUUGAUACGGAUUGUGUAAUUGUUAUUUUCGUAAAUAUUUAAUGCAGUCAUAUGUGAUCCGAAUUGAUAAUGUGGUCAUAGUGGAUCAAAAAACUCGCAAAAACUUCCAAAACGUGAUAGUAAUGUUCAUUUCUUGAUGGCCAUGGAUUCGUCCCUUAUUACGUGCUUGCAAUUUGAUUGGUUCCAUGUUGGUGUGCUUAUUGGAAACGGUGAAUAACAUUUUUGAAUCUUAAUAUCUAAACAGUGGCUAGUGUCGUCAGAAAAGUUGAUUAUACCAGAACGGAUUCAUUAUGAAAGGAUUUAAGUGCAGUUUUCAGCUUCAUUUAUGAAAGUAGACGUGUAUAAGCUACCAAAAUUCAACUCCAAGUGAGUGAAAGCAAUUCAACCAUUUCUGCGGCGUCAUUGCGUCGUUCCGGUCAGGAAGUUGCAGACUUUACUUAAGUAGGCAGUACCAUUUAAAACGGCAGACAUUCGAUUUCACGUGAUCAAUACACGCAACACAACGACCCUCCAAUCAAAAAUGUUCAAGAAACUCCUGGGUUAAAUGCGCCAAGAUAGCUACACCCUAUUGUCAAGUUCAAAGAUAAGGCCAUAACGUAAGUCCUUAACUGGUAUCAACCCACGAAAUAAACACACUCGCACUACGACGAUUAUCCUUGUGGUGCGUAACAGAAAAUAAUGGAUUGUCAAUAAAUAAAGUGUUUCGAAAAGCAGUAAGCACUUGGUUAGCAUUGACCAUAAUCAAGAGAGAAGUACCGUGACUACAAUCGUUAUUAAGUCACGAAAUUGACUAUCAUUUAGCGGACGUAGAAAAGGCGAAGGAAGGGGUGAAUCGAGGACAAGUGGAAGAAGGAGGUAUCUGAUAUCUUUCCUUGGAUUGUAAAUCGAUUGAAUUUGACCAUCUAGUCGGCUGGCAAAGACCUUGAAUAAAAGUGAUACCAUCAUGUUUUCAAAACGGACAGCACACGACCUAAGUCCUAUCUAAUCCAUCUCUAUUGGAAGCCAUGGAUUCACGUUACUAUGUUAAUAAUAGAAACAAUCGAAUCCCUUUAUCAGUGUCAUAAAAUUAUUCAAAUUGAUAGGAUUAUCAUUAUUAGAAAGCACGCAAGAAGUUGGAGACAGACUACUUCUGAAUGGAAACUUUAGAUACAAGUACUCUGUCGGCCACCCCUAUCCCACUCAUUCAAAAGCCGCAUAUCGGCCAGACACAGAACUUUUACCACAAACAUUUCAGCAUGAAUGCUAUUGCUUCGGCUGCAAUAAGCUCCACUACCCCCACCAUGGAUCAGAUGUAUUCAUCGAAUUGUUCUGAUAGUACCGGCACGCAACCAGCACAGGUAACAACUGACAAACAGCACAAUAGUACUCGAAAAGAUACCGCGAAAGUAACAACGAAAAGCAACAGCCUACACGAUUCCAAUUACAGUCCUAAUAGUGAUUUCAGUUCGGCAGAUAUUCGUGCCAGCUUUCAACGCAGUCAUACUUGCGGUAGUUUAUUCGCCAAGUGCGGUUGCAGUACACCGUCCCCCUUUGAUACACUUAUUUGCACUGAUAACGCCUGUAAAAAUGGGAACGCGGUUUCGAGUAACGAACAAGUAACGUAUGCAAAUGGUGGUAACCAGCAUCACGGAGUGGAUGAAGAUAAUAGUGCUUCCAAGAUAGUAGAUACUAGUAAGUUUCAUCAGGAACAAGAACGAGAUCGAAGCGAUCAUUCUCAAAGCAAACGAUCCACCAGUAGAUCAACAUACGUUCAUCCCGAUCUUAACUUUGUGUUCACUGAUGAAAACAAAAAUCCUCCCGUUGAUCCUGCGGCUUCCAAGAACGAUCGCACCACAACCAUAACCACGAAAAAUGGUGGUAAGCUACAAUUUCAGUGGCAAUCCAGUCCAAACAUAGGAAACUAUGAGAUCGUAGCAGUUCAUCCCGAAGUUGUUCUGAAAAUAUCAACUGCCAACGGUCGUGGUAAACAUCGUCACCUCAAGCCAAGUCUCUCGGAAGACAACAGCUACCUUAGCAGCUCCACUAAUCGCCCGCAACUUCAGCGUAUGCCAAGAGAGUACUUCACAAGUACCGAUUCCGAUAGUGCACCAAGCGAAAGUCUAGAUAAUCCCGGGCAAUUGCGAUCAGCAUCACCAUCCGAAUCUCAGCCCGAUCACCCGCAAAAUAAACGCCACCCUCGAAAACACUCCAACAAAUCAUCACAAGCUGACAUUCAGCCGCCUGAAAGCUCAUCCCUCAAUGAUCUUAACGCGCAACAAGAUAACAAACGCGACUCUGUAGAUGCACAGAUUUCCGCAACAUAUGAUCUUAACGAUCCUCCUCAGAACGAGAACGCCCGCAAUCUCUCCGACCAUAGUGAAUACUCAAAAGCGGGCACUUAUCAGAAAGUAGCAAUAGUAACAACAUCACCUAACCAAGCGUUCAGCGCGAUCACCUCUACGACAAGUACCGCAGCUACCGUCUCUAGCGUCAGUACGAGCACUUACUGUAGUGCACCCGCUACCGUCGAUCCAGCCCAAAAGUACUUCCAGGAGUCUGGAAUCUUGGGCCCUCUAGGGAAUACUUCAGUCUCACUGAUCCGGAAAACCUCGAAAAUCAUGCAGGACGCAAAUGUGAUAGAGCAUAUACGUAAAAAUUCUAAACUCCUUCGUCAAGGUGGCAUCUACAAAGACGAGCUGGAAUACACUCGAAGUUUGAUCCCCAGCAUAAAGAUCGAUGUCGACAAAAAGGAUCAAAAGGAGAAAAUCAAGCAACUGGAAGAGGAGAUCACGCAUCUUCGUGACAUUAUCAAGACCCGUGAUAAUGAAAUCUACAAAUUGAAGCGUGAAAUACAUAAGUUGAAGAGUGUACUGCAGCAAACCACAAACCACAUGAACCUUGGCACGGAUGAUUUAUUAGCCGGCAACAUUCAAUCACGUAACCAUCAUAGUGGCAACCACCUAAACUCGCCAGUAGCACAACAAACAACCCCGAGCACAAAUUGUUCAAAUAUAAAAAAUGCAAACAUUCCUGACUGCAAUGACGAAUGUCGCCAACAUCACCAUCAGCACCACCACCACCAUUUGAAUCCUGGCGCCAAUGUUUGCAAUACUAAUGAUAUUGGAUCAGGAAUUACUGCCGGCGGUAAUUACAACUGCAAACAAUUGACAUUAGAAUCCUUAGAGAAUAACAACAAUAUGGAAGGAGUACCGUGUGCCAUUGGGAAUGGGAGCAGCAGCAAUACCCUUGGAACCAAAGGGAACCAUCUGCUGCCCCCACAACAUGCAGCUGUGAAGAAGCAAGGUGUGUCGGGAGAGAGCAGUGAUCCCACGAACCAGCAAUCGAAUAGUGUUCCUAUACCCAAGUUUAAGAAGGAUUUUAGAUCCAAGCAACUAAUCAAGGAUGCGAUAAUGGACAAUGAUUUUCUCAAAAACAUCGACUCAUCCCAAGUUCGUGAACUAGUCGAAUCCAUGUACAGUUUGGACGUAGCCAAAGGAGAAUAUGUAAUCCGAGAGGGCGAGGUGGGAGCCCAUCUGUAUGUCUCUGCAGAAGGCGAGUUCGAAGUAAUGAAAAGCGGAAAAGUGCUAGGAGUCAUGGGUCCUGGCAAAGCAUUCGGUGAAUUAGCCAUUCUGUACAAUUGCACAAGAACUGCUUCCAUACGAUGUGUAACGAAUGCACGUGUUUGGGUCCUGGAUCGCAGAGUCUUCCAACAAAUCAUGAUGCGGACCGGGAUGCAACGUAUCGAAGACAAUGUGAACUUUUUGAAAUCUGUGCCAUUACUGAAAAACCUCUCCAAUGAUGUCCUGGCCAAGAUUGCUGAUGUCCUGGAAGUUGAAUUCUAUCCAGCCGGAACAUAUAUAAUCCGACAGGGAGCUAGUGGUGAUACGUUCUUCCUGAUAAGCCAGGGAACUGUUAAAGUUACGCAGAGGCUUACCCCGACCGGCGAGGAAAAGGAAAUUAGGACUUUAAAUCGGGGAGAUUACUUUGGGGAACAGGCUCUGAUAAAUGAGGACAAGAGGACAGCUAAUAUUAUCGCCAUGGCUCCGGGCGUUGAAUGCCUGACGCUAGAUAGAGAAUCUUUCACACAUCUAAUUGGGGAUCUUUGCGAACUUAAGGAGAAGAAUUACGGGGACGAAAAUAGAGUCCUAGCCAUGAAAUUUGCAGAGACAAGCAAGGAAAUCUUUGGAACUAAUGUAAAACAAGAACUUCAAGACAUCGAACUGAACGAUCUGGAAGUCGCCGCCACCCUUGGAAUCGGUGGAUUCGGUCGAGUUGAAUUAGUUAAGUGCUAUCGCGAAAAUAGAGUCGAGACUUAUGCCCUUAAGUGCCUUAAAAAGAAACACAUCCUGGAUACACGACAGGAGGAGCAUGUUUUCAGUGAACGUACAAUCAUGUUGUCGUGUAAUACACCCUUUAUUUGCCGACUAUAUCGUACAUUUAAGGACUCGAAAUACGUUUAUAUGCUGUUGGAAGCAUGCAUGGGCGGCGAAGUGUGGACCAUAUUGAGAGACCGAGGAUGUUUCGAUGAGAAUACAGCACAAUUUAUUAUCGGUUGUGUCCUGCAAGCUUUCGAGUAUUUGCAUUCAAGGGGUAUCAUCUAUAGGGAUUUGAAACCGGAAAAUUUAAUGUUGGACGAAAGGGGAUAUGUGAAGUUGGUUGAUUUCGGUUUCGCCAAGUACAUUGGUCAUAGUAGCAAGACAUGGACAUUCUGUGGUACACCAGAGUACGUAGCCCCAGAGAUUAUCCUGAAUAAAGGACAUGACCGAGCUGUAGACUAUUGGGCACUAGGAAUCCUCAUCCAUGAACUUUUGAAUGGAACGCCCCCCUUCACCGCGAAUGAUCCAAUGAAAACCUACAAUAUUAUCCUUAAGGGAAUCGAUAUGGUUGAUUUCCCAAAACAUAUGAGUCGAUCAGCUGUGAUGCUUAUUAAGAGGCUUUGCCGCGAUGUUCCAGCUGAAAGAUUAGGAUAUCAGAAAGGUGGAAUUCAGGAUAUUAAAAAGCACAAAUGGUUCCAAGGAUUCGAUUGGGAUGGUUUAGACAGUCUUUUGCUUAUACCGCCAUUUGUACGCCCAGUUUCACAUUCCCUAGAUACAUCUUACUUCGAUACAUUCCCGCCCGAUAUGGAAGUACCGCCGGAUGAGGAAUCUGGAUGGGAUGAAGACUUCUAGCGUUUUUUUUUUAAAUAAAAAUUUAAACUAUAUUUAUAAUUAGGGAGGAAAUAUGUAAAUUAAAUUAGCUUUAAAAGGAAAUAUUUAGCCUUCUAUUGUCCCUUUUAUGGAAAAAGGAAAAAUGCUGCUCAUUGUUUACUUUAAUAUUUAUAUUUUAGAAAUGAAAGUUUAUAUUUGUAGAUGCGGACGAAAAAGAGAGAAUGUUAAAAAAUAUAUCUAUAUUUUGCUAAUUAUUGGAAA